CUCAUAACUCAGUUCCAUUUGCACGAUACAAGCCCAGAAUUCAUUGCCGCUUGAUUGCAUGAUUAGAUUUUACGAUAUUAUUGAUAUGUGAAUUAACAGAAUUGCAAGACUCUUCAGGAGAACAGCGGCCGGCAAACAGUGGGCGCAAAUGGCUCAGCCGUGAGCUCUCGAGCGAAAGCCUGGUAAUAUUAUAGUUGUUUGGUUCCAGGGGCCUAAAGGCGCUUGCCGGCCGGCUCCAAACGGGCAGCCGGCCCCUAGGGGUCCAACACCAGCCCGCACCCUGAGCAGCGGGAGGCCUCUCCCUCCGCUCCGGAGCCGCCCGGUGCUCGGCGAUGGCGGCGGUGCCGGUGGUAGCCAUCGACAAUGGCGGCGGCAACUGCAAGAUUGGCAUUGCGGGACAGGCGGCACCCACACGCGUGUUCCCCAACGCCUCCGCCAAGCCCAAGGGCGAGCGCCAGACACUCAUCGCCGACCAGCUGGCGGACAGCAAGGAGGUGUCCCAGCUGCAGCUGCGCCGCCCCUUCGACCGCGGCUACUGCUGCCACCUGGAGCUGCAGCGCGACGUGUGGGCCCGCGGCGUGCGGGCGGUGCUGCGGCGCAACCCUGCCGAGUGCGGGCUGCUGCUGUCGGAGCCGCUGUUCAACUUCGAGGAGAUACGGGCAGGCACACAGCAGGUGGUGUUUGAGGACCUUGGAUUCCGCUCCUUCUACGCCGCGCCCGGCCCCGUGUUCGCCAUGCACCGGGCGGCGGCGGUGCUGGGGGCCGGCAGCGCGGCGGCGCGCACGGGCGCGGGCGUGGUGGUGGACUGCGGCUUCAGCUUCACACACGCCGUGCCCUUCUUCAAGGGCCAGGUCCUGGAGGGCGGCGUGCGGCGUCUCAACCUGGGCGGCAAGGCCAUGACCAACUACCUCAAGGAGCUGGUGUCGUACAGGUCCCUCAACAUGAUGGACGAGACCUACCUGAUGGACGCCGUCAAGGAGCAGCUGUGCUUCGUGAGCCAGGACGUGCGCACCGACCUCAAGGCGGCGCAGGUGGCUGCCCGCUCGCCCUUCCGGCGUGAGUUCGUGUUGCCUGACGGCGUGCACAACUUCAAGGGCUACGUGCGCGACCCGGAGGAGUGGGCGGCCAAGGUGGAGGCGCUGAAGCAGCAGGUGCGCGCGGCGGAGAGCAUCGAGGAGAAGCGGCGCCUUGCGGCAACACUGGAGUCGGACCAGGUUCUGGCGCUCAACAACGAGCGCUUCAUGGUGCCCGAGCUGCUGUUCCACCCGGACGACGUGGGGCUGCAGCAGCAGGUGCGGGCGGGGGGGGGGGAAGUGGGAGACGGGGAGAUGGGGGUGUCAGUGCGUGUGUGUGUGUAUGACAUGCGGGGGGAGCUGCUGUUCCACCCGGACGACGUGGGGCUGCAGCAGGCGGGUGUUGCCGAGGCGGUGGUGCAGGCGGUCACGGCCUGCCACCCCGCGCUGGCGCCGCUGCUGUACAGCAACGUGGUGGUCGUGGGCGGCGUGGCUGCCUGCCCCGGCUUCCGCGAGCGCUUCACCGCCGAGCUGCGCGCGCUGGUGCCGGACUGCGCCGACCUCAACGUGUUCAUGCCGCAGGACCCGGCUGUGUUCACGUGGGAGGGCAUGUCGGGCUUCGGCGCCUCCUACAGCUACAGCCGCCUGGCCGUCACGCGGCAGCAGUACAACGAGAGCGGCGGCGCGGCCGGCGUGCGGCAGUACUUGUGAGGGUGGUGCGGCGGCGGCGGCGGCAGUACAUGUGAGGGUGGUGCGGCGGCGGCGGCGGCAGUACAUGUGAGGGUGGUGCAUGUCCUAUACAAGCAGGUGGCUGGGAGGCGGCACGGCGGUGUGGGGCUUGUGCAUGUAGCCGGGAGGCUGCUGUGCGGCGGCAGUACUUGCGGGCAGGCGACUGUGCGGCUGUGCGGCUGUGCGGCCGAGUAGGCGGAGGCGCGGGGUCGUGCGCGUCGCCACUCGCGGCGGUGGUGGUGCGGCCCGUGGAGGCCCAGGCGGCCGUGUUGCGGCACUGCACUGCGAGUGGCGGGGGUGGGCGACGGCUGUGAUGGUGCAGGGAUUCCCCUGGAUGUGUGUGUGUGUGUGUGUGUGUGUGUGUGUGUGUGUGUGUGUGUGUGUGUGUGUGUGUGUGUGUUAAAGAGCACAAGGAAAGACUGUGUGAUGUGUAUGUGCUCCCCGCAAUGCGCGGUACUGCGGCGGAAGCAGUGACGGGCAGGAGCAGUGACGGGCAGGAGCAGUGGCGGGCAGGCAGGAGGCAGCGCAGGGGGCCGACCAGCGACGCGGGCCGUGUGGGCGAAGGCAGCGUUGGCGGCCACGGGGCAGUCCGGUGCGUGUGUGCGGGAGGGCCUUUGUCCUGGGCCCUGUGGGGACGACUGGGGCGGCACAUACACACCUCGGCAGGUGCUUGUGAGGGGUGGACGGAGGGGGGGCUGCGCGGACUGCAGGCCAGCGGCGCCGGGCCGCUGGAGGCUCGCAACAAUGCAACACGGGUCUGACAUGCAAGCCGAACCCGGAGCUGGGUGGCGGCAGGGACUGAAACUGGCAGCAUGAAUGAGCCAGUCGUGCAUC